AUGGCCUCAUCUCGCACGAGAUCCGCUGCCGUCGCAGCCGCCGCUCUCGCCUUGCUGCCAUUGUCUUCUGCACUUCCAAAGGCCCAAGAAGCUGCUCCAUCUCAGGGGGACUAUUUGGCUUCCUGCAUUGCCUCAGUCUCUUCGGACCAGAGGGACAUCUGCAACCCGGAUUCCGUUGCCGCCAUUCAAUAUUGUAUCGUUUCAACAGCCCCGCCUCAGUCUGUUGCGGCCGUGAUAGGGGCGUUGGUCACAUACUGUGCAGAGCAGCACGGACCAGCAACCACCACCUCUAGGAGCAGCACUGCGGGAGGACGGAGUACUCGGACAAGCACCACUACUUCCUCUGCAAGCACUACCUCACACUCAGCUCAAUGGAACGACUGGUCCAACACAACAACGACGACUACUAAACCGCAAGCCACGUCAUCUGUUCAUUGGGAAGACUGGUCAAACUCGAGCACAACUUCUUGUACAUCCUCAGCUUCUCAGUGGAUAGAUUGGAGUUCAGUUAGCCCCGAGGCCACAGUUACAAGUGAGGCCACAGAGACGUGGUCUGACUGGGCGAUCCCAACCUCGCCGGCUCCUGUGGCUCCCGAGAUUACAAGCUCCGAAUGGGAAGUGUGGGUUUCCGUGUCGUCGACUAUCGCGCCGCCUUUAGCUCCGACAUCAAGUUGGGAAGAUUGGAGUUCUGCGUCGUCGACUGAAGCUCCAUCGUCAACUUGGGAAGACUGGAGUUCUGCGAUGCCGACUAUCGCACCUACUGAAACCUCUACGUCAAGUUGGGAAGAUUGGAGUUCCGCUUCGUCAUCUACCACACCUACUGAGGCUCCAACAUCAACGUGGGAAGAAUGGACGAGUAUGCCCACAAUUGCCCCGAUCACAACGAGCUCCACAACUUCGGCCUCAAGCCACAGCACGCCCACCAAGACAUGGACAUUUGGAGGGAGCUCGUCUACUUCAGCGAGCACUUCGAAAACCAUGCAAGCGUCACCUAUCGCGUCUACUUUUGUGGGCGCUGGCAACCAAGUGGGAUCGUCCGUUGGUCUUCUUGUUGCAGUCGCGGUUGCUGCUGCUCUGCCUAUGAUCUAA